UUCACCUGCCUGCGCGCAGGCGCGCUCUCAAGGCGCAUGCGCCGCAGGGCUGGCGACGGGCAGGUGCGCAGGCGCAGCAGCGGGAGCGGCCGCCGCGGGCGGGCAGGCGCGGGUCUGCAUCCGGGUCGCCGCCGUGCCCAUUGUCUGGGGAAGGGGCCCGGCGGCUCCGCGGCACCGCAUCCCAGCGCCCCUGCCCGCCCGCUGCUCCCCUGCGCAGGCUUUAUGGACCGCAGUUCGAAGAGGAGACAAGUGAAGCCUUUGGCAGCUUCGCUGCUGGAAGCUUUAGAUUAUGAUAGCUCUGAUGACAGUGAUUUUAAAGUUGGAGAUGCUUCAGAUUCUGAAGGAAGUGGUCAUGGGAGUGAAGAUGCAUCAAAGGACAGUGGUGAAGGUUCCUGUACUGAAUCAGAAGAAAAUAUCUUGGAGGAGGAAGCAGCUGAAGAGAAAGUAGAAGAACAACAGCCAAAAAGCUCCACUGAAGAAGAAGUGCCAACAGCAGACAAAGAGGUAAUUAAAACUGAAAAGAAAGAGCAAGAAGACGAAGAAGAAAAGCCAAAAAAGAAGAAAGAGAAAGAGAAGGCAGCUGAAAUUGAGGCCGUGGCUGAUGAGCAAACAAAUGAACCAAAAAAAUGGAAUUUGCGGAGGAACCGACCUUUGCUGGAUUUUGUAUCAAUGGAAGAACUAAAUGAUAUGGAUGACUAUGAUAGCGAAGAUGACAACGACUGGCGGCCCACUGCUGAGAAAAAAAAAGGAAAAAAUGCAUUGCGAAAAGAGGGGAGUGAUGGAGAUAACGAGGAUGAUGAAGAUGAUGGGAGCGGCAGUGAUGAGGAUGACAAUGAUGAGGAAGGUAAUGAAGAAGAUAAUAGCAGCACAGCUAGUGAUGGAGGAUCCAAGAAGAAGAAGAGUAAAGUUCUUAACAGGAAUAAUGCAGAUGAUGAGGAAUUGACAAAUGAUAGCCUGGCUCUUUCACAAAGCAAGAGUAAUGAGGACUCUUUGAUCCUUGAGAAGUCUCAAAAUUGGAGUUCCCAGAAAAUGGACCAUAUUUUGAUUUGUUGCGUUUGUCUUGGAGAUAACAGUGAAGAUGCUGAUGAAAUAAUCCAGUGUGACAACUGUGGAAUAACAGUUCAUGAAGGUUGCUAUGGUGUUGAUGGAGAGAGUGACUCAAUCAUGAGCUCAGCUUCAGAAAAUUCCACGGAGCCUUGGUUUUGUGAUGCAUGCAAAUGUGGUGUCACACCUAGCUGUGAACUGUGUCCUAACCAGGAUGGGAUCUUCAAGGAGACUGAUGCAGGCAGGUGGGUACAUAUUGUUUGUGCCCUCUAUGUUCCAGGAGUGGCAUUUGGAGAUAUUGACAAACUGCGUCCAGUAACACUUACAGAAAUGAAUUAUUCAAAGUAUGGUGCCAAGGAAUGCAGUUUUUGCGAAGAUCCCCGUUUUGCCAGAACUGGUGUAUGCAUUAGCUGUGAUGCUGGGAUGUGCAGAGCCUAUUUCCAUGUGACGUGCGCUCAGAAGGAAGGCCUCCUCUCAGAAGCAGCAGCAGAAGAGGAUAUAGCUGACCCUUUUUUUGCUUAUUGUAAACAGCAUGCGGACAGGUUAGACAGAAAAUGGAAGCGGAAGAAUUACUUGGCAUUACAAUCUUACUGUAAAAUGUCCUUGCAGGAAAGAGAAAAACAGCUCUCACCAGAAGCUCAGGCUCGAAUCAACGCCAGGCUGCAGCAGUAUCGUGCCAAGGCAGAGCUGGCCCGCACCACCAGGCCUCAGGCCUGGGUUCCCAGGGAGAAGCUGCCGCGGCCACUUACUAGCAGUGCUUCAGCCAUACGCAAGCUUAUGCGCAAAGCUGAAUUAAUGGGAAUUAGUACAGACAUUUUUCCAGUGGACACUUCAGAUACUAGUUCCAGUGUUGAUGGAAGAAGAAAACAUAAACAACCAGCUCUCACAGCUGAUUUUGUGAAUUAUUACCUUGAGAGAAAUAUGCGCAUGAUUCAGAUCCAGGAGAAUAUGGCUGAACAGAAGAAUAUCAAGGAUAAAUUAGAAAAUGAGCAAGAAAAGCUUCAUGUCGAGUAUAAUAAGCUAUGUGAAUCUUUGGAAGAGCUACAAAAUAUGAAUGGAAAACUGCGAAAUGAAGGGCAAGGCAUUUGGGCUCUGCUGGGCAGAAUCAUUGGACAGAAGUUGAACAUACCAGCAAUUUUACGUGCUCCUAAGGAAAGGAAACCAAGUAAAAAGGAAGGAGGAACACAAAAGACAUCUACACUUCCGGCCGUACUUUACAGUUGUGGAAUUUGCAAGAAGAACCAUGAUCAACACCUACUGCUACUGUGCGAUACUUGUAAACUCCAUUAUCAUCUUGGUUGCCUGGAUCCACCUCUUACAAGGAUGCCAAGGAAGACCAAGAACAGUUACUGGCAAUGCUCAGAGUGUGACCAGGCAGGUAGCAGUGACAUGGAGGCUGAUAUCGCCAUGGAAACCUUACCAGAUGGGACCAAAAGAUCACGGAGGCAGAUUAAGGAACCAGUGAAAUUUGUUCCUCAGGAUGUGCCACCAGAGCCGAAGAAAAUUCCAAUCAGAAACACGAGAACUAGAGGACGAAAACGAAGCUUUGUGCCUGAAGAAGAGAAACCUGAGGAACGGAUUCCCAGAGAAAGAAGACAACGGCAGUCUGUUCUACAAAAGAAGCCCAAGUCAGAGGACUUAAGGACUGAAUGUGCUACGUGCAAAGGGACUGGAGACAAUGAAAAUUUAGUCAGAUUCCCUUCAUGAGACACAACUCUGCCACAACUCAUCCUCGGAGGCAAUCGUGGAAGCCUUUUAUAAUAUGAUUUUUAGAUGUGGAUAAAGCUCUCAAUAGAGUACCUAAAGUAAAGGAGAACAGCUACCUUGUCUCUACUAUAAGCUUAUUAUGACAAAAAGUUGAGUUUGCUUGUCAGGCUUGGAUAGACUGUAAUUGAUUGGUUUGUUAUUUGGACUGACAAGGUAGUUAAUUUACCUGCAAUUUUUUGCACUAAUCAGGAACAUUUCGUAUGUGCAUUGUUGAAAAAUCCUGGAUAAAUGUCUUGUCAGAAUUGUCCUAUUAAGUAAUGUCUUUUUCCCCUGUGCUUCAUUGGCAAAUGAUGUUAUACAAUGCUUGGAUUCACUGAAGAGUGACAGAAGCCUGUGGGACUUAAAUAUUGUGCGUUCCUCUAUGGUGAUACUGAAAGAAAUGAGCAACGGUUUGCAAUUCGCCUGCCGCUCUACUUAUAUGCAGUUUAAUAAGAACAUUUCUAUAUAGAACACCGUGUUGUACAUAGACCUUACUGUAAAAAAGAAAUGUUCACUAAUAAUGAGACCUGUAAAACACUUGGCACUUACUAUCCUGAAGGAAUAGAUUUGCCACGGAAAAAUUGAUUUUAUGCUUAUUAGUAUGAACUAAUUGUUUCUGACUUCAGACAUUCAAGUGAAUAGAACUAUACCUAUAUUGCUUUCUGAAAUAUUUUUAAGAAAAAGAAAAGUUUGAGUAUAUGCAGACUCUUGUUUUAUUUGGCUUACUUCUCUUACUUCUCAGUGUUCAGGACAAGUUUAUCUCCUCACAAUACAAGUAUGAAAUUGUUAUGUAUAAUAAGUUGGGGAAGGAAUGAAGAACUGAUCACACAGCAUGACAGCUGAGAUCUUCAUCUUCGUCCACAUAUAUCCCGGUAGAUGCAGACAUAUUAUGUUGAUCUACAAAAUGGUACUGAUCCAGUUCUUAAAUCUACAGUAGCAGUGUGGUGGCAUCUUCAUCGUUUUCAUCUUGAACUUGCUCGGAAAAAUUCUGCUUAAAUUAAAUCACACUUGUAACUUUAUGACAUAUAAUCUUUGGAUUUCCUGAGAUAUGGUGGUUUUUGUCAUCUAUCAAGGCACAUUUUUAUUUGAAAAUAUUUUUUAAACAUAAGAAAGAAAUUAAAUGCUGUAAUAAGUAAUAGGAGAAAUAUACAAAUUUCUGUAUCCUUAUCUGCAAGUCAUAUCUUACCAGGGCAUUUCGUGUCUGGAUAUUAUAUUAAAUAAAAUUAACCUGAUGUCUAA